UACCGCAAAUAAGGGUGGUCUGGACAAUGCAGGACUACGACUCCCGGGUUACCUUUCGUCGUCUGCCGCUGCUGUUGUUUUGGACGAGGCUUUGCCGGUCCCUGGGUGACAGGGCAGGAUGGACUCCGACCCUGUUUCAGAUUAUUUGAAGUAUGAAAAUGAACCCGAAUACUUGGAUCUAGAAGAACUUCCUGACUCCGACGAGCCAGUUUAUAUUCUGGGAAAGCAAUAUGAUACGAAAACAGAUAAAUGUGAUCUCCAAUCAGAUAUUGUUUCCCGUUUGUGGUUUACAUACAGAAAAAAAUUCUCUCCUAUUGGAGGAACGGGCCCUUCUUCUGACACAGGAUGGGGAUGCAUGCUCAGGUGUGGACAGAUGAUGCUGGCUCAGGCUUUAGUUUGCCAGCACCUAGGAAGAGAUUGGCGGUGGGAGAAACACAAAAAUCAUCCAGAAGAGUAUCAGCAAAUCCUGCAGUGUUUUCUGGAUAGAAAGGACUGUUGUUAUUCUAUUCAUCAAAUGGCACAGAUGGGCGUGGGAGAAGGAAAGUCUAUCGGAGAAUGGUUUGGACCAAACACAGUGGCUCAGGUCUUAAAGAAACUUGCUUUAUUUGAUGAGUGGAAUUCACUUGCAGUCUAUGUUUCCAUGGAUAACACUGUUGUAGUUGAAGACAUCAAGACAAUGUGUAAGUACCAGCCGCAAAGCUGCAGCAUGGCACAGGCUGCCUCCCACCAAAGCACUUGGAGCAGAUGCAGAGAUACUUCAGGACAUUGCUCAGGCUGGAGGCCAUUGCUGCUUGUUGUGCCUCUCCGGCUUGGGAUAAACCACAUCAAUCCUGUAUAUGUUGAUGCUUUUAAGGCAUGCUUUAAAAUGCCCCAGUCAUUAGGAGCUUUAGGAGGAAAACCAAAUCAUGCCUAUUAUUUUAUAGGCUUUUCAGGAGAUGAAAUAAUCUACCUGGAUCCUCAUACCACGCAGACAUUUGUGGACACUGAAGAAGCUGGAACAGUACAGGACCAGACUUACCACUGCCAAAAAGGCCCUAACAGUAUGAAGGUUUUGAAUCUGGACCCUUCAGUAGCGUUGGGCUUCUUUUGUAAAGAUGAAAAUGAUUUCAACAACUGGUGUGAAGUGAUAGAAAAGGAAAUUCUAAAACAUCAGAGUUUACGGAUGUUUGAAUUGACACCAAAGCAUCCUCCUCACUGGCCGCCUUUUAUACCUCCGACAAAACCAGAAGUGACUACUACAGGAGCAGAACUCAUUGAGUCUACUGAUAAACUGUUUGAUGUCGAAGAAGAGUUUGAGAUUCUGAGUGUCUAAUGCAAUCUCGGUCGAUUCUGAGUGUCUAAUGCAAACUCGGUCGGAUUUUGUCACCUUACACAAGCAAGCUUUUCUAACCAGAAAGUGCCUCAAACCUCAUGGAGAACAGAGCACAAUUCCAAACCCCUUGCCAGGAUUUUGUGGAAUGGGUAGAAAACUCCAUGAGUCGAACAGAAGGCCCCCUUCCAGGUUCCUUGUGUGAACCUGUCUCUGUUUCGAGGGUACACAUGCAAUACACAGUGUUUACAUUUCCCUCCUUGCAUCCCAUGGGGGUGGAUGGAGAUAGUAGUGAGACACUUGCGAUGUAUUACAAGUAAAGAGGUUUAUGCAGUACAUCACUAGCUGCAAAUAAGGUAUCCUUUUUGCAAGCCUCCAAAAGCAUACCUUUUUAUAAAUCAUUGUUUUUAACAUGUUAAAUGCUGGAUAUAUUUAUACUGUAUAUGUAUUCUUUUAUGUGUGAGCUAAUACCGUCCCUGCAGGGGUGUGUUCCGUGUCUAACAAAGGGCUAGUCACUGUGCAGCCUUUUAACUGGAGUUGUGCUACAGUACUGCUGAAUAUGGUUUGGGUGAUAGUACAACAACAGCAGCAGCAGCAGCAGCAGUAGCCGGGCUAGUGGAAUCCAUGCACUAACUAUUAUUCCCCCUAUAACCUCCAGAGGUCCUUCAGUCUUUACAGAAAGCCACGCUGCUUGUUUAAAGCUGUAUUACAGAUGUCUGCACACAAGCCCUACAUUGGUUCAUUUAACUGUUGCCAUUUCAGGUCAUUUUCUGAUUUUUGGCUUUCUGUAAAGAAGCCACUGUUAUUUCUGUGAUGGCCCCAUGUAUCACGUUGUGCCAGAUAGCGGACAUCCACACAGCAGUAUGGUCAUGAAAAAAAUAGGAGCAUAUAUUAUAAAUGCUGUAGGUUAUAAGAACAGUUAAAGCAUGCAAACAACAAGCAGGAUCCAUUCAGUUUCCUUCCAGGUUUAUAUGUAUAGGUAAGUGUAAAUGCCCUUAUUUAAACCCGCACGAGGGCAUUGCUAGGUAGUGAUAUCAUUUAUUUAUUUGGAAAUCUGAAUUUAUACGACUACAAAUUUUCUCUAGUAGCACUUUUGCCUUUAGGUCCAUUUAAAAGCAUCAUGUCGGAAUAAUAAAGCUGUUGGUUUUUGUUAACUCAUAGCCAACCAUUCAGUAUUGCGUUUUUCACUCUCACAGGAACAAAUCGGCCACUGAUGUUUAAUAAAGGAAUAAGAAUGUUUA